AUGGCGCUGCAAUUCAUCGACCAGGGUGGCGGACCAGAGACGGGCAUAGGCUCUGCCGAGCGGCGCAUAAUCCGUUCCCAUGUGAUGAAAGGCAAGAAUGCAGGCAGGCCACGCCGCUCGACGAGGAAACAGACGACCGCCUUGUACCCCAUCAAGCGCGUCUUGACCUGGACCGCUCCUGGUGUUGUGACGGCAUCGGCGGCGAAGUCCAGGCAACUGCUGUGGAGCGACCUGAGCCUCACAUCGUUCCCGCAACAACUCGAUUCUGAGUCUAUCAGACUGAUGCAUAGGUGGUUCUUCGACAUCAGUGAUGAGUUGUUCCCGCCUCAGUUCUGCUCAAAAUUUGAUAUAAUCAAGUCGAUCUGGGUAAAUUGUAUCCUUCAAGAUGAAGCAUACUUCCAUUCUACGCUGGCAAUAACAGCAUCCUACGUUGACUUUUACCAGCGAAAGCCCAGCAUAUCCCCGAAGACAUUGCAUCAUAUCGCAAAGGCGUAUGAGCUGGUCAAUUCCAAGCUUUCCGGCCCCGAAUCUGUCUCGGACAGCGCUAUAGCUGCCGUGGUUGCCCUCGUCAUGUAUCAGCAGGUACACAAUCAGCACUAUACUGGUCUGGUGCAUCUGCAUGGCCUAUAUCAGAUGAUCCGUCUCAGGGGCGGGAUUUACAGUCUCUUGGAGGAGAAUCGCGUGUUGGCGCUGAAGGCAUUAAGGGUCGAUGCAGAGUUGGCGUUGCAAACCGGUUCACGCACUCUCUUUGGAACCGAAGCCCUGUCCAACGCCAUCUCACCCGGUCUUGACAUUCUCGAUAUCAUCAAAGUACAUUUCCCCAAUGCCACACCUCCAAAGUCCAGACAUAUUAUGCUUGAAGCCGUGGCCUUCUCCGGAGUCCUCAACAGGAUGACUCGGGAGGCAAGCCCCAGGCUCGACCCGCUGUGCUUCAUGGAAAUGAUAAUCUGGCUCCUCUACCGUUUGGUCGGCGCCAUUCCUCAAGAGCAGCCACGCUCCUCUCGCGCCUUAAAUUCAUCUGGAGGACAGUAUGAAGAAAUCGCUAAUCUGGGCAUGAUGGCAUUCAUGACCACCUUGCUACCAGAAUACGGCCGGACGCCUCACCGCUCUGGUUACCCUCUCCUUUGCCGUCGUCUGAAGAGCGCCAUUCAAGAUCUACACUUCACACCCGCCCUGGAAGAAGAGAAUAGAGACCUCUCACUAUUGUUGCUAUGGGCCCUGUUUGUCAGCGGUGUCUCGGUGAUGAAGGGUGAGGAGCUGCGAGAAUUGUCACCAUUGAUUCUGAAUACUAGCACACGGCUGCACCUGUGCGAUUGGCCGGCUGUUCAUGACCAGUUGUGUCAAUUUCCUUGGAUACGUGCCCUGCACGACCGUCCCGGCCUCGCGUUGUGGGAAACCUCCCAGCAGCGGGGCCGCGAGACUUGA